GGAGGGGGAUUCUCAAUAUAGGUGGAAUCCCAGGCUCUUCCUCAUCAGAAUUCAAGUCUGGCAGCUGCUGAGAAUCCUCAGGUCCCAAGUCUGGUUUCUCUGCCAAAUCUUGCUGCUGUGGCUCACUAGCAGCUCUGGAUGCACAGACGAUACCCUCCUGGACCUCUCCCACUUCCUGUCAUUGGAGGCCUGUGGCGAAUUGUGUUUGGUGUUUCUCUAGAUACUUUCAGCAAGCUGGCAAAGCAAUAUGGAAAGAUUUACAACCUAUGGGCAGGGCCUAUACCCAUCGUAGUACUUUCAGGAUUCCAAGCCGUGAAAGAAGGGCUGAUCAAUCAUUCAGAUGACUUCAGUGGGAGACCAGAGACCAGUUUCGUUAAAGCUACAUUUCAAGAAAGAGGCAUAAUAUUUUCAAAUGGACAUACCUGGAAGCAGCAGAGGCAUUUUGCACUAGUUACCCUGCGGAAACUUGGACUAGGGAAGAAAGGCAUAGAGCACCGAAUAAAGGAGGAAGCCCAACAGCUUGUGGAGACUUUUGCACAAGCCAAUGGGCAGCCUCUUGAUCCUUCAUUACCCAUCACAAAUUCAGUCUGCAAUGUGAUCAGUGUCUUAACUUUUGGACAGCGGUUCUCUCCUGAAGAUGAAGACUUCCAAAAACUGGUGAAAGCUAUUGCUUUUGUUCUAAAAUUUGGAGGUAGUGUCCCUCAUAUUCUCUAUGAUGCGUUUCCAUGGCUCAUGAAACAUCUCCCAGGGCCUCACACGAAGGCAUUGUCCUCAGUGGAGAUUGCACGUUCAUUUGCAAAGAAGGAACUAGAAAAACAUAAAGAGCAUCAGACACUGCAUGAUCCACAGGAUUUCAUUGAUUUCUAUCUACUUGAGAUGGAAAAAGCCAAGAAUGACCCCAACUCUACAUACGAUGAAGAAAACCUGGCUCAGUGCAUUAUGGAAUUUUUUGCCGCAGGGACAGAGACAACUGCCACUACUCUGCAAUGGGCCCUGCUCCUGAUGGCGACUCAUCCAGAUAUCCAAGAGAAAGUCCACAAGGAGAUAGAAGAUGUGUUUGGUUCCUCUUGCUUAAUCUACUAUCAAGAUCAUAAGAAACUGCCAUACACUAAUGCAGUAAUUCAUGAGAUCCAGCGUUCCAACUAUGUCUUCUUAUUUGGGGUUCCUAGACAAACUGAAAAGGAUGUGAACAUGCAAGGUUUUCACAUUCCCAAGGGGACCCUUAUUAUUCCAGAUCUGCGCUCUGUUCUUCUUGAUCCUGAACAAUGGGAGACACCUGAAAAAUUCAACCCAAAUCAUUUCCUGGACAUGGAUGGACGGUUCAUGGCUAGAGAAGAAUUUCUGGCAUUUGGUGCAGGAGAUCGUGUAUGUGUCGGGGAGCAGCUGGCACGGAUUGAGCUCUUCAUCUUCUUCACCAGCCUGCUGAGGGCAUUCACCUUCCAGCUGCCAGCAGGAGUCAAAGAACUCAGUCUAGUACCUGCAUUAGGAAUCACAACACAUCCCCAGCCUUAUAAACUCUGUGCCAUUCCCCGCUGCAGUGCAUAAGAAACCUUAUACAUGAAUGGCUUAUUUGUAACUUUAGAUUUUACAUCUCACUUAUUCCUUUCCCUCUGAUGCGCACAAUUUCUGCCUUAAUUUGCUUCAGUUCACCCUGUCCCAGAAUGUAUCCGUUGUCAGAUUCAUCUUUAGAGAGGGAAUUCAG